AUGCAAUAUACUAUUAGGAAUCACUCAGUGGUGACACAUUUCAUCCUCCUGGGCCUAACUGAUCGUCCAGAAAUGCAGGUCCCCCUGUUUGUGGUGUUCCUGGUGGUCUAUAUUUUCACUGUGGUGGGGAAUCUUGGAAUGAUUGCAUUGGUCUGGAUUGAUCCUCAACUUCACACUCCCAUGUAUUUCUUUCUCAGUAAUUUAUCUGUGGUAGAUCUGUGCUAUUCCUCUGUCUUUGCUCCAAGGAUGCUGCUGAAUUUAGUGGAGAGUAAAACUAUUUCAUACUCUGCAUGCAUUUUCCAGCAUUUCUCUUUUGUUGUGUUUGUGACCACAGAAGGAUUCUUGCUGGCAGCAAUGGCAUAUGACCGCUACGUAGCUAUCUGUAACCCACUGCUUUAUACUGUGGUUAUGUCCAGGAGAGUCUGUAUUCAGCUAGUGGUGGGAUCAUACAUUGGUGGGCUCAUCAACUCUUUGACACACACAUGUGGCCUACUGAGGCUGUCAUUCUGUGGGCCCAAUGUCAUCAACCAUUAUUUUUGUGACACUAAUCCAUUACUGAAACUCACCUGCUCUAAUGACCACAUCAAUGAAAUUCUGCUUGUAACCUUUUCUGGAGUUAUUGCCAUGUCCACUCUCUUGAUUGUUGUCAUUUCCUACAUGUACAUUCUCUUCUCCAUCUUGAGGAUCCAUUCAACUGAAGGUAAAUGUAAAGCCUUUUCCACCUGUGCUUCCCACCUCACUGCUGUCACCAUGUUCUAUGGGCCUGUAAGUUUAAGUCACAUACAACCCAGUUCCAGCUACUCACUGGAACAGGAGAAGGUCUCAGCCGUAUUUUAUACUCUGAUUGUCCCCAUGAUGAACCCCCUCAUCUACAGCAUGAGAAACAAGGAAGUGAAGGAUACAUUUAAGAAGAUGAUACAAUGGAGAAAAUGUUUUCAGUUAAUGUGCUUAUGA